AACCAUGCUAUCCAUUUUUGGCUAGCGCAGAGCGCAGGGAAAGAGAGGCGGUCUGAACCCCCCCCACCCAGUUCCUGAGCCCCCCCCUCUCCCCUUGGUGGGGUGCAGGUGGUCAUUCUUCCAGUGCCAACCCACGCGCACCCCCACCCGGAUUUUGAAAACCUCUCUAAUUUCAGACCCUUUUUAACCAAGGAUAAAGGAGAAUUGAUUAUUUUUUCGCUCUUCUCCAAAACCCCCCGGUGGUGGUGGGCGGAAUCUAAAGCUGGAAGGAGACCCCCCCCUUUUAAAAAAGCAUGCAUCCCCUUCGCCACUAAUCCCAGCAAGAGGAGGCGAUGGAAAUGUCCUUUUGCAUCCCGGAGCGGCAAAAAGGGGCGAGAUAAGAUUUUUAUAUUAUUUUGGAGAGGGUUGCCUCCUCCCUAGAUGCGCGCGCGCCCCCGCCCCGUUUCCAGCUGCAAAUCGGGGGGUGCCUCGCAGAUGCCGGGCAGGUAAGUUUGAUUUUAUUUUUUAAAAACUGUUUUUCCUCCCCUCCCCUCGUUUUCUUUCUUUUCUUCUGCCACCAUCAUCCCUCUCUCUCUCUCUCUCUCUCUCUCGCACGCAAAUCCCGGCGUCUCUACAUCCACCCCAUUUUGCGUCUCCAGACAAAGGGAUGGUUUGGACUCUGUGUCACGCUGACUGCAAUGAGACCCCCCCCCCAAAAAAAAAGCAAGCAGGGGGCUCUCUCUCUCCCCCCCCCAGCUCAUUCUCUGACAUUUGCAUUGUCCUCUGAGAACCCAUCCCCGAACAAUAGCCGCAAAAUAUCCAACCCCCCAAAAAAUAAAAGGAGAAAAUAAAUCGCAGAAUAGUCCAUUAUUAUUAGGGCGAUUAUUCCCAGCCACACAUCACUUGGGGUUUUGGGGUGGGAAUGGUCUGAGACCCAACAAGACCCCCCUAUUUUAUGCUGCGAUGAGUAUUUUUAUUGAUCAAUUGAUCGAUCGCUUAUAACCGCUCGGUCCUUGAAAUGGAAAAGGGAUUUUUUCUUUUAAAAAGGAUGGAUGAGGCUGUUUGGCCACUUGUAACUUCUGAAAGCAUCCAUUAGCUCUGGGGGGGGGGGGACACACACCUUGGGUUGUGGGUUCCUUCGGAACUCACCGCCACAAGAUGCUGGUGUUGGUGGUUCCUUGCCCGCCUUCGGAACGAAUCGGUUUAUUUCGGUCGCUGACCAGAGAGCUCUACGCCUUUUUUCAAAAGGGAGUGGGCAGUUUAGACGCUGGUUAUUGGUGUUGGCCGCCAAAUGAAACCUCUAUGUGGAUAUGAAGUCUAUCUGCGAGUACCAGGGGCUGGUACAAGGGGGUGCUGUAGGAUUUCUCAAACUGGGAUUGCUGGAUGGAAACGGACCCUGAAACACUUCCCUUACCGGGUUGACUUAAAAAAUAACAAUACAUUUCUAUGGCCAUUUGAUGCAUCCUCUUUCAAUGUUUUCUUUGUCUCCACAACAAGAGCCCUGGAGUCAGAAGCUGGCGGUUUCUGAGCCUCGGUUGGCCACCUCUGUAAAAUGGGUUGAUACUGAUAUUCCUCCUUUCCUGUUAUCCCAUGUUACAGAAGUAGCCAACAGAGCCUCAACAGGGGCUAGAGGCUUGGCACAAACACAGCUAAACCUCAGGUUUGGAUCUGAGCUGGAGAGGCACGAAACAAAUAAUGAAGAACGCAGCGGCUCAGAGCAUGUGCAGAGUGCACACGCCUCCCUAAGUAAAUCCAGAAAACGGAUUUGUUUGGGAUCUGGGGAGGGGACUGGAUUUCAUAAUGAAGGAUGCCUUAAUCUGGGAAAAUCCCAGAACCUGUGAAAUAACUGCUGGGUGAGUUAUUAAAAUUCAUUCAUUCCAAUGGACAACAUGGGCUUAAUCAUUUUUUUAACAACAACAAAAACCCUGUAAUUCACGUUUAAACCUUGAUUUUCUUGUUUUGUUCUAUUUUUUUUAAAGAUAUCUUUUAUUAAAUUUCCAAUUUUACAAUUUCAAAUCAACAUUUUACAAACUUUAAAAUACCCAACGACUUCCAUUCUUCUCUUUCCAUGGUUCGUUUUACAUUUCACACAUCUCUCCAUCUUUCGCUAUGACCGUUCAAAUCGUUUUUCUGCUUUCACAUCCAUCAAAUAUUAUUUCCCCCCGUUUUGUUCCAAUCCAUCCUGGUCUUCGGGAGACAGUGCACAUAUAUUCUGGCCUAUUCGACCUCUUUUUCUUAACAGCAACACGGACCAUUCAUAACACGGGAAUAUUCUUCCCGAUGUGGAGCAGGGGGGGAAGCGAAGGCAAUCAGCAACAAAUCGCUAAAACGCCGUUCGUUCCUCCUGCUCAGGCUGCACAGAAGUAGAAUUUCGGUUCCUGAAGUGUGUGAAAACGGUCCAGGUUCAAGGAUCCCCAGAUGGCGGAGGCGUCAGGUGUCAUCCUGGCGCCCAAGAAUCUUCACUCGGUGGCAAACGGCCAAAAGCCAAGUGCGAAAUACGCCUGGCUAAUUUCGAACUCUGUCUGCUGUGGCUUUCGAGACAGAUGUUGGGCAAGAGAUGUUUCAGAGAGAGAGAGAGAGAGAAAGAAAGAAAGAAAGAAAAAGGAGGUUUUCUCCUUUCCAUUUUUUAAACUGUAUUAUGAAGCCUCUUGCAUUACUUGGGUGCGGGAGUGGAUUAAAUAAGAAAAUACAGAUACGUUAGAUCUGGAAGGGCAUGAUAAUCGAUUCGGAUGGCAUGCGUAUUUAUGGCACAAGAAAGUACAUAAAGGAUUUUGCAACCAUAUAAUUAGGAGAUCACUUUCAAAAGUGUGGGAAUAAUAUAAAGACCUAUUGGAACAAAAGACUCCAGGUGGUUGUCUCCAACAGAGGUAAUGGCAAUCAAAAAAAUAAAUAGGGAGGCGAUAUGACUUACAUAUAGGGACCUAGUAAUGGCAAUAGAUGGCAAAUUAUAAUAUAUUAUGUACGCUAUUAAAUAUAGAAUCGAAAACAAUAAUUUUUUUUUUAAAGACUGUGAGAGAUAUAAAAUAAUGAUAUUAAAACGCUAAAAAAAGGCAACGUCAAGUAUUAAUAAGGGAGAUAAAAGGGGUGAGUUUGCGUUUACACCAGGCGCUGGGGCACCAAAUAUAUAAUGUUAUCUUGUGGUCUGUUAAAUCUGGUGCCAAAUUUUUGGAUGUCCGUAUGUACCAAAAGCAAUAGUUUCCCUUGGUGGCAUGCUGCCAACAACACCCCCCCCCAAAAAAUAGGAUUUCAAUAAGCCCCCACGCUUUUUACUAAGGGUCUGUGAUCGCUGCUAUGACCGCUGGGACUCCGGGUAUCGAUUUGGGCGUUAAAUGGGUCAUUUUGACAGACAGCGGAUCUAUAGGGCCUGGGGAGGGGGGGGGAGACGGACGUGCCUCUAAAUAGGGUCGGAUCCAAUGUCAGUCCCGCUCAGAGUAGACCUGUCAAAAUCAAUAUGCCUACGGCCUGCCCACGUCUGUGGAUUUUAACUGGUUGGAUCCAUUGCUAGUCAAGUUCAGAGUAGACCCAUCGGAAUCGACGGCUAACAGUCCUGAGAGAUCUGCAUUGGCUCGCAGUAUGUUUCCGAGCACAAUUCGUACUGUUGGUGCUGAACUUGAAAGCCCUAAAUGGCCCAGUAGACCUGAAGGAGCAUCUCCACCCCGGACACCUGGGUCCAUCUCCCAAGGGCCUUCUGGGGGUUCCUUUGCUGCGAGAAGUGAGGUUACAGGGAACCAGGCAGAGGGCCUUCUCAGUAGUGGCACCCUCCCUUCAGACAGGGAUGAUUUUGACGCACACCUCUCUCUAAUCUAUAUUAUUAUUAUCAUGGUUAUCUCCCGCUUGGACUACUGCCAUGUGCUUUACGUGGGGCUACCUUGGAAGCUGACCCGGAAACUGCAACUAACCCAGAAUGCGGCAGCUAGACUGGUGACUGGGAGCGGCUGCCAAGGCCACAAAACACUGGUCUUGAAAGACAUGCAUUGGCUCCCAGGACGUUUCCAAGCACAAUUCAAAGUGUUGGUGCUGAGGUUUAAAGCCCUAAACAGCCUCAGCCCAGUAUCCCUGAAGGAGUGUAUUCACCCCGGACACCUGGGUCCAUCUCCCAAGGGUCUUCUGGCGGUUCCCUCCCUGCGAGAAGCGAGGUUACAGGGAACCAGGCAGAGGGCCUUCUCGGUGGUGGCGCCCGCCCUGUGGAAUGCCCUCCUGUCAGAUGUCAAGGAAAUAAACAACUAUCUGACUUUUAGACGACAUCUGAAGGCAGCCCUGUUUAGGGAAGCUUUUAAUGUUUGGUGUUUUUAAUAUUCUAUUGGGAGCCGCCCAGAGUGGCUUGGGAAACCCAGCCAGAUGGGCGGGGUAUAAAUAGUAUUAUUAUUAUUAUUAUUAUGGGUCUCGUUGGUUUCAGCAGGUCUCCUCUGAGUAGGGCUCAAUUGGCUCUGACCGGGAUAGGUCAGCAUGAGACUUUUAAGCUCAGCGUUGUGGGUUUGAGUCCCACACGGGGCAAAGGGGGUUGGGCUAGAUGACCCCUAGGGUUCCCUUCCAGCUCUACAAUUCUGUGGUUUUAACUCCUGCUGGUUUUGGUUCUGUGAUGUCUCGUGGCAGCGAUGAGCAGGACCUAGGCUGAGACCCCUACCCACCAGAUUCCUCUGAAUCCCACCGCUGACACCAUGAUCUCGGCAAAGGACAAGGCCAAGGCUCCGAAAGACAGCAUGACUCUUCUUCCCUGCUUUUACUUUGUCGAGGUAAGCAGAACUUUUCCAUCAUCUAUACAGGUAAAGGUAAAGGGACUCCUGACUGUUAGGUCCAGUCGUGACCGACUCUGGGGUUGCGGCGCUCAUCUCACUUUACUGGCCGAGGGAGCCGGCGUACAGCUUCCGAACCAGAGCAGCGCACGGAAACGCCGUUUACCUUCCCGCCAGAGCGGUACCUAUUUAUCUACUUGCACUUUGACGUGCUUUCGAACUGCUAGGUUGGCAGGAGCAGGGACCGAGCAACGGGAGCUCACCCCGUCAUUGCGGGGAUUCGAACCGCCAACCUUCUGAUCGGCAAGUCCUAGGCUCUGUGUUUAACCCACAGCGCCAUCCGCGUCCCUAUAUCUUUUGUUUAGGAGAACUUUAUUUGGUGGACAUGCAAGAUAACCAAAGCAUUCUGGGGAAUGAUAUAUACAGUGGCACUUUGUUUCCCAAAUGCCCUGGUUCCCUAUCACCAAAAACCCGGAAGUGGGUGUUCCGAUUUUCAAACAUUUUUCAGAAGCCGAACGUCCGACACAACCGUUGGCUAUUGUUUCCAGUGCGCCUGCGCCAAUCAGAAGCCGCGCCUUGGUUUCUGAACAUUUCGGAAGUCAAACGGACUUCCGGAACGGAUAAAGUUUGAGAACCAAGGUACCGCUGUAUUUGGUGCCAUCGAAAUUAUUCCAUCAGGUUUACAGUGGGUUCCCAAAUGCUGAAAGCGCAGAAGUGAGUGUUCCGGUUUUCAAAUGUUUUUUGGAAGCCGGACAUCCAACCCCAGAGUCGGCCACGACUGGACCUAAUGGUCAGGGGUCCCUUUACCCAAAAGAUAGCGCCUUCUUCUUCCCCCUCUCUCCCUUUUGUAUCCCAGCUGCCCAUUGUGGCUUCCUCGAUUGUGACGCUCUACUUUUUGGAGCUGACGGACCUCUUCAAGCCGGCCAAGGUGGGCUUCCAGUGUUACGACCGGGCCCUUUCCAUGCCCUAUGUGGAAACCAACGAAGAGAUGAUCCCAUUGCUCAUGCUGCUCAGCUUGGCUUUUGCGGCCCCCGCGGCCUCCGUAAGUAGCAUUCCGGCCCCUCCUUCCCUCUUGGGUUUUUAUUAUAGCUAUAGUCGGUACAGGAGGCGGCUCUUAAUCUGCGGGUCGUGGGUACGGGUCCCACACUGGACAAAAGAUUCCUGCUUUCUCCAGCUCCUGCGAAAAUAGGGACGUCCUAUAAUUGCAUCCCCUCCAACGUUUCUCCCCUGAAAAUAGGGACGCCCUAUUCCAUCCCCUCCAACGUUCCUCCCCUGAGAAUAGGGACGUCCUAUUCCAUCCCCUCCAACGUUCCUCCCCUGAAAAUAGGGACGUCCUAUUCCAUCCCCUCCAAUAUUUCCCCAGUGAAAAGAGGGACGUCCUAUUCCUUCCCCUCCAAUGUUUCUCCCCUGAAAAUAGGGACGUCCUAUUCCAUCCCCUCCAAUAUUUCCCCAGUGAAAAGAGGGACGUCCUAUUCCUUCCCCUCCAACGUUCCUCCCCUGAAAAUAGGGACGUCCUAUUCCAUCCCUUCCAGCGUUUCUCUUGUGAAAAUAGGGACGUCCUAUUCCAUCCCCUCCAACGUUUCUCUUGUGAAAAUAGGGACGUCCUAUUCCAUCCCCUCCAACGUUUCUCUUGUGAAAAUAGGGACGUCCUAUUCCUUCCCCUCCAACGUUUCUCUUGUGAAAAUAGGGACGUCCUAUUCCUUCCCCUCCAACGUUUCUCCCCUGAAAAUAGGGACAUCCUAUUCCAUCCCCUCCCAUCCCUUGUCAACAAGCCCCGCCCACCUGGGCGGAGAAGUCACCGGGAGGGGAGGGGCUUGCUCUGACCCCGCCCUCUUCCCUCCCUCCCUCUCAGAUCAUGGUGGGCGAAGGCAUCAUCUACUGCUUGCAAUCCAACGUCAAAGGCCGCUCCAGCUCUGAGGGCAGCAUCAACGCCGGCGGCUGCAAUUUCAACUCCUUCCUCCGCAGGACGGUCCGGUUCGUGGGUAAGUUCGUCCCCAACCUCUGGUAAAAGGUAAAGGGACCCCUGACCGUUAGGUCCAGUCGUGGCCGACUCUGGGGUUGUGGCACUCAUCUCGCUUUACUGGCCGAGGGAGCCGGCGUACAGCUUCCGGGUCAUGUGUCCAGCAGGACUAAGCCGCUUCUGGCGAACCAGAGCAGCGAAUGGAAACGCCAUUUACCUUCCCGAUGGAGCGGUACCUAUUGAUCUACUUGCACUUUGACGUGCUUUCAAACUGCUAGGUUGGCAGGAGCAGGGACCGAGCAACGGGAGCUCACCCCGUCGUUGCAGGGAUUCGAACCGCUGACCUUCUGAUCGGCAAGUCCUAGGCUCUGUGGUUUAACCCACAGUGCCACCCGCGUCCUUCUCCCCAUCCUCUGAGCCCCCCCCCCAACCCCACUUUUCAGGGCAUACACAGGGCAGAGACUGUCCGGCGGUCCCUUCUCAUUCAGCCUUGCGAAAAAGAAAAGCACAAAAUUCUUAGCAUCCUCCUUAUGCCCCAAAAGCAGAAAAUUCCGUAGCUCAGUGGCAAACCAUCUGCUUCCUUUUUCCCCCCCUUUGCCAAAUCAUUUUGAUUGAUUUUCCAAAUCUUAACCAAUCAACCAAAACCAAUUCAAUACAGUUUUUCAACAUUCCCACACUCAGUCCAAAAUUUCCUCUUUUUGUGCCUCUUGCUGCCGGAGUUAUUUCUAAUUCGCGUUUCAUUCUCCGUCGUUAUUCUUAGCGGGGAUUUUGGUUUGUUAUUUUUAACCUAUUAUCCUUACCCAUCUGCUAUCUGUUUGCCAGUUCCUGCAUGUGCUAUAUUUUAACACUUCCGAAAGCUGUGGUUGCGCGUGAAAUUGCAGUUGGUCGAUAAUUAUUAUUCCUAAAAUAAACCCCCUUCCUUCUGCGUGCACGAGAACCUAAUAGUUUGCAUUCAUUAGAUGGUCUCCCUUUGCUUCUUAAUUAAGCACGGUCCGCUUUGUCCAAGAGUCUUCCAGCCCAAAUCCACUCUAAUUUCCAGUCCAUUUAUCUCCUUCCUCCUCUCAUGGUCUAUUGUCCAUUUCAAAACAGGAAUUUUAAUGACAUCCACCUUAUUGUAGCACCGGCUUUGCACGCAGGAGAUACCAGGUUUUGAUCCCCGAUGAGCAUGGCUGAGAGUGGAGGGCUGGGGCAAUAAGAACACAGAGAGCUGAUUUACGUCUCAGCUAAACAAGCUCUCGCUUAGGGCCCCACUCUCUUGGGGCCCCCCCAAAAAAUUAAAGGAAAAAAACACCUGGAUGUACAUUUCCAAAAUAUAAUAAACAAAUAAAAUAAAACCUACAUACAGCAAGUGUUUUGUGUUGUGUAGGCUCCUCGGGUGUAAGUCAUGGGCCCUGCCUGCUCCCUAAAAUAUGUCUGGUUUGCUCCUUUCUAUAUAUAGGGUGCCUACAUUCUGCACCCUAUAUGGGUGCAGGUGGCGUGGGUGGGGCUGUGGGUUAAACCACAGAGCCUAGGGCUUGCCGAUCAGAAGGUCGGUGGUUCAAAUCCCCGCAAUGACGGGGUGAGCUCCCGUUGCUCGGUCCCUGCUCCUGCUCACCUAGCAGUUCGAAAGCACAUCAAAAUGCAAGUAGAUAAAUAGGUACCGCUCCGGCAGGAAGGUCAACGGCGUUUCCGUGCGCUGCUCUGGUUCGCCAGAAGCGGCUUAGUCCUGCUGGCCACAUGACCCGGAAGCUGUACGCCGGCUCCCUCGGCCAGUAAAGCGAGAUGAGCGCCGCAACCCCAGAGUCGGCCACGACUGGACCUAAUGGUCAGGGGUCCCUUUACCUUUAUUAAUAUACUUCUUCUUAAUGGCAUUUUAGUCCCACAAUGACUUUGACAAAACACACCUUUUGUGAUGUGCAAAUGUCUUGAGAUACCUAUUCAGUCCAUCAGUCACCAUAUACCAUAUAUUCAACACACACAAAACAGUGACCAUUUGUUGUGGACAAAGGACAGCUGGACACAGAAAGGGCCCCAUUCCCUUCAGGGGCUAAAUCUGGCCCUGUCUGCGGUCCUUGCUUGGCACUAGAAACGGGUCUGGAGAGCUGGGUAAGGACCCCAACCCCAGGCCGGCGGUUUCUCUGCCCCUGGGCUCCAUCCCAGCGGAAAACAAAUCUCUAAUAUCCCGGCAGGUGUGCACGUUUUUGGUCUCUGCGCCACGGCCCUCGUGACGGACGUGAUCCAGCUGGCCACGGGAUACCACGCCCCGUUCUUCCUGACGGUCUGCAAGCCCAACUACACCCUUCUGGGAAUCUCCUGCGACGCCAAUCCGUACAUCACGCAGGAUAUCUGUUCGGGGCAAGACCAGCACGCCAUCCUUUCGGCCAGGUGAGGCCGGGACGCUGUUCCAAAAUUUGGUGGUGACCGGGGUAAUAUAUUAAUAAUGGCGAAAAUGUACAAAACGGGAAACAAAAGUUUGUUGGAAAUGUAAAAAUAAAGAUGGGGACCUUUAUCAUAUGUGGUGGCUAUGCGAGAAAAUGAAAAGAUUUUGGAACCUGAUAUAUAAUGAAUUAAAGAAACUUUUUAGAUACACCUUCCAAAGAAAAACGGAGGCAUUCCUAUUAGGGAUAAUAGGGGAUGAAAUAAAAAAAGAAGACCAUAAGUUAUUUCAAUAUGCAAUGGUGGCAGCUAGGCUGCUUGUAGCACAAAAAUGGAAGUCAUCAGAGAUUCCAACAGUCAUGGAAUGGCGGGCAAAACUUUUUGAAUAUUCUGAAUUAGCAAUAAUGACAAAUAAAAUUCGACACCAAAAAGGGUCAAAGUUCACAGAAGAAUGGAGUAAAUUUGUGACAUAUAUAGCAUUGAACUGUAGAAAUUUAAGAACUACAGCAGGACUAGGAUAAUUCCUGUGACGUGUGUAGAAAAGCAAAAGAAACUGUAAGAGGAGAUGUGCGUUAUGAAAACCGCAACUGGGAGGGAAGGAAGUCGAGGCGUGAUUUAGCGCAAUGUAAAUAAGAUGACAUUAAGAAUUAAUGUAAAGAUUGGGUUUUUGUGUGUGUUUUUUUGGGAAAUGACAAUAAAAAGUAUUUUUUAAAAAAUUCGGUGGUGACCGCCGCCCGCUGGAGCUAAGCGGGGCCCCCCGAAUCGCCCCCACUCUGCACCCCAGUUUGCAGCAAUUGUUCCUGUAUGACAUUUCCUUUUUUUCUUUUCCUUUCCCCAGGAAAACCUUCCCCUCCCAGCACGCCACGCUCUCCGCGUUUGCCGCCGUCUACGUGUCGGUGAGUCCCCGGUCCCCGUCCGCGAUCCGCUGGCUGGCUGAUCAGAACUGGCUGCUGAUUCCUGGGUGGGGUUGAGUACAGUGGUACCUCAGGUUACAUAUGCUUCAGCUUACAGACUCCGCUAGCCCAGAAAUGGUGCUUCAGGUUAAGAACUUUGCUUCAGGAUGAGAACAGAAAUCGUGCAAUGGCAGUGCGGCGGCAGCAGGAGGCCCCAUCAGCUAAAGUGGUGCUUCAGGUUAAGAAUAGUUUCAGGUUAAGAACGGACCUCCGGAACGAAUUAAGUACUUAACCCGAGGUACCACUGUAUUGGCCUGCAACAAGGCCCCCACCCCAAUCUGCUUCGGUUUCAAGCCUUCGCAGCAAGGGUGGCGAAUUUUGCAAUCUUUAAAAUUGCGUUCUUGUUUUUUAAAAUGUUUUUAUUAGCAAUUUCAACAUAACAUAUCAUAUUCAUUAUUUUCCCCCUUUUUUCAUCACCCCCCUCAAACCCUCCCCCAGAGACUUCCCUCAGUUUCUCUCUCUGAUUUCUCAGCACAUCUUAUUCUCUGCAUGUUAUAAAAUUAGACAAAUCCUUACAUUAUCUGUCUACCGUGUCAUCAGUCAAUAAAUCUGUGCAUGCUUAUUCAGAACCUGCCAAUCCAUUUUGUUGUCUUUCUAAGUAAUUUGUGAAAAGUUCCCAUUCUUCUUUAAAGUCACAGUUGUCCUUGUCCCGCAGUUUGUAUGUCAAAUUAGCCAGUUCUGCGUAGUUCAUCCAUUUAUCUUGCCACUGUUCUUUUGUCGGGGUUUCCCCUUAGCUGUGCUCCCCCAACGGGAGCCCACAGCCAUGCCCCCAAUGAGUCCAUAGCAUCUCCGCCCCCCAUCUUUCAUCCCAGACGCCGGGGUCCAGCUCCCAGGGUCUUCUGGCAGAAGUUAAGUUACAGGGAACCAGGCACAGGGCCUUCUUGGUGGUGGCACCCGCCCUGUGGAACACCCUCAAGGAGAUAAAUAACUACCUAUAAUAAUAAUAAUUUAUUAUUUAUACCCCGCCCAUCUGGCUGUGUCUCCCCAGCCACUCUGGGCGGCUCCCAAUCAAAUGUUAAAAACAGCACAGCAUUAAAUAUUAAAAACUUCCCUGAACAGGGCUGCCUUCAGAUGUCUUUUAAAGAUAGGAUAGCUGCUUAUUUCCUUCACAUCUGAAGGGAGGGUAUUCCACAGGGCAGGCACCACCACCGAGAAGGCCCUCUGCCUGGUUCCCUGUAGCUUUGCUUCUCGCAGAGAGGGAACCGCCAGAAGGCCCUCGGCGCUGGAACUCAGUGUCCGGGCUGAGCGAUGGGGGUGGAGACUCUCCUUCAGGUAUACUGGACCAAGGAUGUUUAGGGCUUUCAAGGUCAGCACCAAUGCUUUGAAUUGUGCUCGGAAACGUACUGGGAGCCAAUGCAGAUCUCUCAGGAUCGGUGUUAUGUGGUCCCGGCGGCCACUCCCAGUCCCCAGUCUAGCUGCCGCAUUCUGGAUUAAUUGCAGUUUCUGGGUCACCUUCACAGGUAGCCCCACAUAGAGCGCAUUGCAGUAGUCCAAGCAGGAGAUAACCAGAGCAUGCACUACUCUGGCCAGACAGACCGUGGGCAGGGAGGGUCUCAUCCUGUGUACCAGAUGGAGCUGACAGACAGCUGCCCCGGACACAGAAUUGACCUGUGCCUCCAUGGCCAGCUGUGAGUCCAGAAUGACGCCCAGGUUGCGCACCUGGUCCUUCGGGGGCACAAUUGCCCCAUUCAGGACCAGGGAGUCCUCCACACCUGCCCGCCUCCUGUCCCCCAAAAACAGUCCUUCUGUCUUGUCAGGAUUCAACCUCAAUCUGUUAGCCGCCAUCCAUCCUCCAACCGCCUCCAGGCACUCACAAAAGACCUUCACCGCCUUCACUGGUUCUGAUUUAAAGGAGAGGUAGAGCUGGGUGAGCUACCUGACUUUUAGAAGGCAUCAGAAUUUUUUUUUUAUUUAAAUGUGAUGUUUUAUUACGUUUCAAAGAGCGCCUUCACGACCCCCGCCGUCACUCUUUGCAGAUGUACUUCAACUCAAUCAUCUCUGACAGCACCAAACUCCUCAAACCCAUCUUGGUCUUCGCCUUCGCCAUCGCGGCUGGAAUCUGCGGCCUGACGCAGAUCACACAGUACCGCAGCCACCCCAUCGAUGUCUACGUGGGUUUCCUGAUCGGGUCCGGCAUCGCAGCAUACCUGGCAAGUCUCUUCUCCUAAUACCCCUUUCCUGGACUUUGGGGGGGACACGGGGGUUGGGGGCACCUCGCUGAAGCUCAAGAGGUCUGCGGCGAGUCGGGGCCCGGGUGGGCGAACACGUGGGAAUGUUCAGGGAGACAGGAGAGGAUAUAUUGUUUAUUAAUAUCCUUUCUAAUUUGCUCUGGCAAGUUCUAUAUUACAGGGGCCGGCAAACAUUUUCAGCAGGGGGCCGGUCCACCGUCCCUCCGACCUUGUGGGGGGCUGGACUAUAUUUUGGAAAAAAAUAAUAAUAAUGAACAAAUUCCUAUGCCCCACAAAUAACCCAGAGAUGCAUUUUAAAUAAAGGGACACAUUCUACUCAUGUAAAAACCACACUGAUUCCUGGACCGUCCGCGGGCCAGAAUGAGAAGGCGAUUGGGCCGGAUCCGGCCCCCGGGUCUUAGGUUGCCUACCCAUGCCCUAUAGAGUCCUUAAGUGGCUUCCCUAUCGGUAGGAGGAAACAACAGAGGCCACGCAGACGACACAAAAGGAAAGAGGGAUGAGGAGGGAUGAGGGAACCGAGCGAGCUCAGGCUCCAACUCUUCAACUUGUCGUUUCUGCAACCUCCAGAUGUAAUAUCUGGUUAGACAAUGUGAGAAACGUGAGGCUGGACCAGGCAGAUCUUCCCUACGAGUUAUUUAGGAAAUAGAGGACAUCUUUGCAUGCUCUUGUUAUAAGAAAAAACCUGCUCCUUUUCCUUUAUGGGGUACCCAAGAGCCCGUCUAGAGUCCUUAAGUGGCUUCCCUAUUGGUAGGAGGAAAUAAUAGAGGCCAAGCAGAGAAUAUUGAGAAGCAAAGCAGCUAGUAAGCCUGAUCUUUAUGUUCGCGGCACCGGAAAUCGCUUCUGCACAUGCCCAGACACCAAAAAUUUAGAUAGAAAGAUAGACAGACAGAUAGUGUUUUGGAAAUGUACAUCCAGUUUUUCCCCCCCCCUUUAAUUUUUUUGGGGAGCCCCCAAGAGAGUGGCGCCCUAAGCUGUAGCUUGUUUAGCUUAGACGUAAAUCCAGCACCGGUCUUUAACACCUGCCAUCUCCUGCCCCCAAACAGGCCUACCACGCCGUGGGCAACUUCCGCGCUCCGGCCGAGAAGGCCCCGUUCAACCCCCCCGCCAAGGACGCUUUGCGGGCCCUGACCCAGCGGGGCCAUGACUCGGUCUACCACCAGAACAAGUCGGUCAGCACCGAUGAGCUGAACCCGCAGACCCGGCUGGAGGGCAUCAACCGUCAGGUCCAGCGCGAGAAGAACUCCCUGGGCAGCCUGAAGCGAGCCAGCGUCGACGUGGACCUCCUGGCCCCCCGCAGCCCCAUGGGCAAGGAGAACAUGGUCACUUUCAGCAAUACGCUGCCGAGGGUCAACACGCCCUCGAUGGACGACCCCGCUCGUCGCCACAUGACCAUCCACGUCCCUGUGGACGCCUCGCGGUCCAAGCAGCUGAUCACCGAAUGGAAGCAAAAGUCCGUCGAAGGCCGGGGGAUGACCUUGGCCGAGGAAGUGGCCCGGCGGGUCGGCUCUGAUUGCUUGGUCGGAGAGGACGACGAACAUAUCCCGCCGUCGCUGUACCCCACUGUCCAGGCCCGGACGGCCGAGCGCGCCGCCAUGGGGCCCCGGGUCCUCAUCCAGCCGAGACCCGGAGCGACCCAGCUGGUCCACAUCCCCGAGGAAAGCCAGGCGAACGCAGGGGCCAACAUUUCGCCCAAGAGCAGCUCGGCCGUGCGGGCGAAAUGGAUGAUGAUGGCCGAGAAAGGGUCAGCGUCACAGAGAGUGGCCAACCCGCCGCGCCUGAUGCAGGUCAUCGCCAUGUCCAAGCAGCCAGGGAUGGUUUCGGUGACGCCCAAACAUUCGGAGACGUCUUCGUCGUCCACCAGCUCCGAUUCCUCGCAGUACCGGUCGCCAUCGGAACGGGACAGCUCCAGCGUCGUCACCAUCGACGCCCACGCCCCGCACCAUCCGGUCGUGCACCUGUCGUCCGGGAACGGGCCGUGGGAAUGGAAAGCCACGCAGAAAGUGCCGGACGGGACGGACGCUUACGAGCUGAACGACAUGGCCAAGGAUUUCCGUGGCUUCCGGCCGGCCAAGAGCGCCGGCGUCUCUCCGGGGUCGUCGGUCAGCGACAUCGAACAAGACGAGCCGCGGUACGGCAGCGUGGCCACCAUCAACGUGGCGGCAGGAGUGGGGGGCGGCGAGACCAGCCCGGCGGAAAACAUGCUGGGGGGGCCCAGCCGUGAGUCGACUCUGCGCCGCAAGCCGACGAGCCUGACGGUCGGAGAGAAGGAUGGCCAGGCGGAGGAGACAGAAAACUUCUACAAGAAGAUGCAAGUUAACCGGCGGUUCAAAGACUAG